AUGAAUCCAGCUUUAACUAUAUUUUUGACUUUAUUAUUAGCAGAGCCUCCUUUUGUCGCUUCCCAAUUUACUGCUCCGAACUAUAAAAUCUCGGGAUGUGACACUCGUUGUGAGAUCGAUUCGGAGCAAGAUAUCGCUUGUUUCAAUCAAACUCUCAAUUUCUUUGAGAACACUUUAAUGGCAACAAUGAGGAAUUAUAUCUAUGCAAAUUUGAACAUUGCUUCUUUUCUUCAAUCAGUUGGGAACACAGAGCGACCGAUUUUGGAUCAAUAUCUAAGGAGAGCUUUUCACAGUAUGGAAAAGGAUAAAGUCUAUUAUCGAAGUGAUACCGAAGAAAUGUACUCACCUGAGGAUGCAACCGAUGUUGUAACCAAAUUGUCCGAAAUAAUUAUGAAUGAACCCAUUCCCAAUUCCUCAUCCGAUGUUCUUUGCCCUAUUGGUUGUGAAGAGGAAAAGAAAACAUGGCUAGGCAUUUUCCUCGCUUCACUCGCUCUCAACCUUUUCCUUGUCGCUGUCGGAAUUAUUUGUGUGAUCAUUACAACUUUGCGAGCCAACAAAAAAGCAGCCAGUUUCUACAAGAAUAUUUCCCUCGCAAACGAAUUCGAAACGAAAAAAGAGAAAGUUAAA